CAGAGUAGGGGGGAGGUUGGUGUCGAUCCUAGAAGAAGAUCCAAGGAGCUGUGAACUCAGAGAUGGAGAGGCCCCAAUGUCUCCUGCUCCUGCUUUCCCUGCUGUCCUACCCCUCGACCCAUGCUGGUGCUUUGCGGAGUCAGAUUGUUGGGGGGCAUGAAGCUAAGCCCCACUCCAGACCCUACAUGGCAGCUCUGAAGUUUUCCAGUGAUUUCCGGUGUGGGGGUUUUCUGGUGGCCCCGGACUGGCUGAUGACCGCCGCUCACUGCAUGGGGGAUAUCACUGUGAUCCUGGGAGCUCACAAUAUCCAUGAGCCAGAGGAGUCUCAGCAGGUGCUGGGGGUUGAAACCUACUACAAACACCCUGAAUACAACGAUAUCUCCCUAAUUAAUGACAUAAUGCUGCUCAAGCUGACAGCGAAGGCCAAGCUGAAUAAAUACGUCCAGGUCAUCCCGCUGCCCAAGAGCAGCAGCGACAUCCCCACCGACACCAAGUGCAGUAUAGCAGGAUGGGGCCUCAUUGACAAAGAGAAGAACACUACCAGGCUCUUUGAGACUAACAUCACCAUCUACAGCCGCAGGAAAUGCCUCAACGUCUACCCCCACCUCAACGAUGGCAUGCUCUGCGCCGGCAGCUUCCACCAGCUCAAGGACGCCAGCCAGGGGGAUUCUGGGGGGCCUAUGAUCUGCAACGGAGUGGCGCAGGGAAUUGUCUCCUUUGGCUACAGCGCCCCUCCUGGUGUCUACACCCGCAUUGCUAACUACCUUCCGUGGAUCAAAAAGAUUAUGGGCUAGAGGACCAGAGAAGGAGAUGCUCCAGCUUCUCCUCCAGCAUCUUCUGCCUUUGAGACCCAUGCUGCUUUCCCUUAUGUUGCAUCCUCCAGCCUUUUCUCCCUUUGGGGUGUUGUCUGAAACCAUAGCGGACAAGACUCUCUCUAGGUGCCUCUAUGGCCUGGUUACUGUAGAUCUGAAGGCCUGCAGGCCCAGCAGUUCCCUUGUCACCUGGGUUCUGUUGGCUCAGGAGAGGAAUGUCAAGUUUUCAGCCCCAAGUUAAUAUUCUCUUGACUGGUCCCCUGAAGAAGCAGCAGCUUUGCUGUUCUGAGGGGCUUCAGGAUUCCUUCUGCCCCUGUUGACGUGAAUAGGGCACAGCUGUCCAGUCUCCGGGACGGUGCUAAGACCAUCAGAGCAGAAUCAGGGAUGAUUCUAGAGCAGGGUGCACUGAAGUGAGUUGAAAUCGGCCCAAGGAGGUGGUUUUGGAUCACCUGGAGGGGAAAGCUCUGACCCAUGCCCGCUCCCUCCUGGGCGUCCCCUGAUUUGUUUCCCCGGCUCAGUCCAGGCUGAGGUUGGGCUUCACUUGGGUUUACAAGGGAGUUUCUCUCCCUGGCAUUUUCAGCUGGUGCCACAUUGUCAGAGCAGAAGCAAAGCAAAGAAUGCAGCAGCAGGAAUCUGAAUCCUUGCCAGUUCCUCUAAGAGGGAGGAGACUCCCCAACCCUAUAUUCUCACACCUCCUUCGCCCUGGUCACUGCUCCAUUCCUUCUCUAUCGCUUGCUGCGAUGCUGGGCAUGUAACAAGCUUGAAAAAUAAACGCCAAUCUGCAUGUCA